GCGUGAACCCGGUGCUCGUAGUUGUGUCGCGAUCCGAAGAGUCUUUGCUUAACUGUUUCUCUUUUCUCUCCCUCUUCAGUUCUCAUUCUGUAACCAUGUCGUCUUGGACCUCUGCUUAUCCUCAUCCUCCUCCCCCUCGUGGUCGCUCGCGUUCUCGGUCUCCUUACCGUGGGGACGCGUACCCUCCGCGCCCCCCGUACCCGGAGCAGUACCCCCAAGAUCCCUACCGCGCAGAUUGGGAGGCGUAUGACAGGGACAGGGCAUGGGCCACUUAUGAGCGAGAGAGACAGGCGUAUGAUUACUCCAGGCGUGGAAGGAGUCGCAGCCCACCGCCCCCUGACGAAGCCGGUCGGAAGCGCCGGCGUUCAUUAUCGCCCUGGGAGCGGUCGCGGUAUGAACCUAGACCCCGCUACAACGAUGACUAUGGUAUGUUUUCCGUCACUUCUGGGGGCAAAAGUAGUGCUCUUAUGUGGAACCAAGAUGCUCAUUCACGGGGAGGUUACGGAUAUGAACGUGGUCCGUAUCCACCACCUCCGUACCCGGCUGGGCGAAGGGGUCCUCCGGACCCGCACACGUUCGACUAUCCUGCGACGUUGAAGCAGUACGCGGAGUGGUUCCGUUACUACUAUCCUCAGCAGGCCAUGGAAGAGGACAGCGCCGACAAGGCUGCAGAACAAGAGGCCGGCGACGGCAGCAAACCUCGCAAUGGAAUCCGGUCGCGCUGGGAGAAGUAUAAAAAAGAGUUUGCGGCCCAACAGCUUCAGCGCAUGUUCGAUCACCACAGGAAAUCGCCGUGGUUUUCCGAGAAAUACGAUCCCGCUCCCGAGUUUCAGGCGAUGCGCACGCGUGUUAGGAAGAUUGGCUGGAAAGGGAGGAUGGACACUUUCAUCUUGGAUCUCGAGUCCGGGAAGUUUGAUCCCGACCUGAGCGAGCCUGUACCAGAGAGCACUUCGUCUACGAAGGAGAAUGCCAACGGCGACUCCUCAGCGACGAACGGUGCUGGUGGGGAUGUGAACAACGACGACACCAAGCCUUCCGGUGAUGAUGAGAUGCAGUUCAAUGUAGAGCCUGAGGAAGACAAUGGUGGCGACGACGCGAAUCGCCUCGGCGGGAAUAAGAACAAGGCCGGUGCGAACCGCGGAGAAGAGGUCGCUGUGCCUCCGGAAGGCAAUCAGGUUAUGAUUCGCACUAUUCCCCCAGAUAUUGGCCGUGCGAAGUUGGAGGAAUCCAUUAGCAAGCUUCCUGGUUUCGUCUACCUCGCCCUCGGCGAUCCUCUUCAGAAGCGAAACUACUACCGAGCUGGUUGGAUCAAGUUCACCGAGGAUGUUGACAUGCCGAACCUCAUGACGGAGCUGUCGGAGAAGAAGAUCGAGGGUUUCAAGUUGCACGUUGCGCACAUUACGAAGCCUUUUGUGACCCGGACACGCUUCACGCCUGAGGUCGCGAGCAAGCCGGACCGCCUUGUCAAAGAUCUCGAGAAUGCCAAGAGGCUUGCCUCCAUCCUGGAGGAGGAAUACCUGAACCUCCGUAGGGCGAAGAUCGAGGGGAGGCCCCAGAACGGAGACGCCCCAGCGGGCGCCAACGGCGAGCGUGCCGAGGGUCCUCAUGAGGACUCCACCAUGACGGACGCGGAGGACGACCCAGAGCCUCGGGAGAUGGGGAGCGAGGCUGUCGAGAGGCGCAUCGAGAAGGUCAUGGCAGACCUUCAAGAACAGGGUGCGGUGGACACCAGCGACGAGAAGGCUUUGGAAGCGAAGAGGACGGUGAUAGCUUUGGAUCUGUAUCUCGCCUAUCUGCGAGCUGCUUUCAACACGUGCUACUACUGCGCAGUUAUCACAGACCAUGUAGAAGAAUUGCAGCGGAAGUGUGUUAAGCACUUGAGAAAGCCCAUGUCGAAGAUGUUGCUGCAAGAAGUUCAGGCUGCUGAGGCUUCGAAGGCUGAGAAAGACCUUAAGGUUGAUGAGGGCGCGGACGCUGCGAGGGAGAAGGAUGCGUCGAACGCGAAGGAGAAAUCAGAGAAUCGAGACUGGAAGCGUAAUGACGAGCGCUGGCUUGAAUGGCUCGAUUCCAAGAUCGCGCUGCUCAUUGACCGCAACGGAGUCGAUCCUCGAGAUUAUGGUGGCAAGAGCUAUGAAGAAGAGCUAUCGCGAGCCUGCGAGCCUUACAUUAAGCAGGAAGACGAAGGCAAGUUCCGCUGUAAGACUUGUCAGAAGUUGUUCAAGGCUACGUCUUUCGUCGAGAAACAUAUUGCGAACAAGCACGCAGACCUCGUGAAGAAUCUUGAAGAGAUACCGUACUUCAACAACUUCGCAUUGGACCCACAUCGGAUCCAGCCUUUCACGCACCCUCCUCAGACAAUGGGCUCCAGCCAACCUCCGCCCCCUCAGGCGUACGGCCUCCAAGCAACUGCGGCUUAUCCCCCACCAGCAGCUUACGACGCUCGCCCACCUCCUUACAAUCCUUACGUAGCUGGCGGCUACCCGCCAUACCCUGGUCCCGCCUACUGGGACCCAUACGCAUAUCCAUACGGCGGCCCGUAUCCUCCUCCACCCCGUCGAGAUGAUGGAGCUGUGCCGAGGCGGCUUAGUGACCGCAUUAGUGGGAUUGCCCCGAAUCUCGAUCUGCCGCUUGAGUCGAUACCGGUGCCCGCGUCCGCAGGGCUGCCAGCAAAGCCUGCAGUAAGCUUGGAACCAGGUCCCGGUGCGCGUCGGGGGCGCGGUGGCGCCAACGGCCCGUCUCCCCCGCCUCCGCCAGAUGCGAAGGAGGAUCCCAGGGCGCAGGCAGGCAAGAAGGUUAGCUAUGUUGACGUAGACCGUGUUGCUGAGGGCGAUGUGGAGUUGUCGUACUAGUUCUUGUAAUAAUGUCGUAUGGAUGUCUGGUCUGGCUUCUGUCGUUCUGUUUCUGUCGAAUUUCCGUGCAGGCUGCACGCCAAGAACCUCGUGUUCAUUUCCAUACACGUUGCAAUGGACACGCCACCCCG